UUGGAUUAGUACUGUUAAACACAUUAAUUGUCUAUAAUACCCCCAAUAAUUUUUUUCUUCGUCUUAAUGUAGAAGGGUUUAUUUGUCCAAACACCUCCUUCCAGUGGCUUCCUCUGCCGACAUUAGCAUAUGUAUAAUCUAUAAAUCCCCAUAAUCCUUCAAUCAUGGAAUUUAUUAAUCACAAAGCUUCCAGUAAAUUUACAAUUAGAAUAAAAGAAACGAGAGAAUUUUUUUUUUUUUUGACAAGAAGCGAGAGAUGGGUUCUGAAGGAUUCCAACAAUCCGAGCCAAGGCUCUGCAAAAACGGGUGCGGGUUCUUCGGCACGGCGGCGACCAUGGGCUUGUGCUCCAAGUGCCAUCGACAUCUACGCGUCGAGGAAGAGCAAGCCGUCUCCGACAAAACCGCCAUGGAGAAACUGGUCGGCGACUUCAUGUUGAUCAAAACACGCGUUGCGUCUCCGCCGCCGUCGUCGGCUGAAUCGGCGGCGGCCGUAGGGGCGGCGACUGGGGUUGAAUCGGUUAGUAAAGCGGCGGCGAAAAGGUGCUCGAGCUGCAACAAAAAGGUGGGGUUGCUGGGGUUCCAGUGCCGGUGCGGGGUCACGUUUUGCGGGGCCCACAGGUACCCAGAGGAGCACAAUUGCAAGUUCGAUUUGAAGGCGGCGGGGAAGGACGCCAUUGCUAAGGAAAAUCCGGUGGUCAAGGCAGAUAAAGUGGUGAGGUUUUGAGAUGGAGGAGUGUACGUACUGGGGUCCCGGUUUGUUUUGGAUUUGGACGGUUUCAUUCUUUUACUCGUAUGUUAUUGGUUUGGGUGUGUUUUUGGAUUGUUUGAAGGUGAUGAUAGGAAAGGCAAUUUUUCUUUUAUUUUGGGGUAAGUAGGAAAGGCAAUUUGUUUUUUGGAACUUUUUUUUUUUCUCCUCUGUUCUAUAAUGUCUCUGUUCAAUUACUUUCAGUUCAGUGUUUUCUUGCUUUGUUAUA